AUGCUUUAUACGGUACUCAAUCUUCUAGCUCAAAUAUAUUGCAAUGGACCGAUUCUACAAUCCGUUCAGGACUCGCACAUGUUCCCCGAUUCGAAACAUUUCGUCGACAUGUCGCUCAAAUAUGAUCCGAUAACAACGCUACGCCAUUUUGAUGAUCUCGGCGAUAGCGCAUCGGAUGUUGGAGUUCUCACGGAGUUUGUCAAUUCGCACUUUAAUCCGCCAGGAACCGAGCUCAUCGAAUGGUUCCCAACUGACUGGGUGGAUUUCCCAUCCAAUUUUCUCAAUAUCCAUGAUUAUCACCAUCGUAGAUGGGCUCUUCAUCUUCACAGAAUUUGGAAGGAUUUGUGCAGAAGGGUUCGAGAUGACGUUCGAGUCAAUCAGGAUCGUUAUUCCCUAUUAUACGUCCCUCAUCCUUUCAUUAUUCCUGGUGGCCGAUUCCGAGAAUUCUAUUAUUGGGAUUCAUUCUGGAUUCUCAAAGGUCUCAUAUUCUCAGAAAUGUAUGAAACUGCUCGUGGUGUCAUUAAAAAUCUCGCGUAUAUGGUUGAUAACCACGGAUUCGUGCCGAACGGUGGAAGGGUCUACUAUUUGACAAGAUCUCAGCCGCCGCUUCUUAUUCCGAUGGCAUAUGACUAUUAUUUGAGUACCGGUGAUCUCGAAUUCAUAUUGCAAAUUCUACCAACACUUGAGAAAGAGUACGAGUUUUGGGUGAAGAACCGAUGUGAAUGGUUCAAGGAUAAAGAUGGAAAUGAGGUUUUCCCUUAUUAUCAGUACAAAGCGAAACUCAAAGUUCCACGUCCGGAAUCUUAUCGAGAAGAUCGAGAAUUGGCUGAGAAGCUGACUAGUGAAGAGGAGAAGAUUCGCAUGUGGUCCGAAGUGGCGUCGGCAGCUGAAACUGGAUGGGACUUUUCGACUCGCUGGUUCUCGCAGGAUGGUGAUGAGAGGCAUAAGAUGAAGACUAUUAGAACUUGGAGCAUUGUUCCUGUUGAUCUCAAUGCGUUUCUUUGUGCGAAUGCGAGAACUCUUGCGAGUCUUUAUGAGAUUUCGGGAGAUUUCGAAAAAGUGAAAAUUUAUGAGAAGAGAUACGAAUGGGCGAAACGUGAAAUGCGUGAACUUCAUUGGAAUGAAACUGAUGGUAUAUGGUACGAUUAUGAUGUCGAGCGGAAGAAACAUUCGAAUAUUUAUUAUGUCUCAAAUGCGGUUCCGCUUUAUGCGAAAUGUUUUGAUGAUGACGAUGUUAUUCCGCAUAGAGUUCACGAUUAUUUGGAGAGAGAAGGUGUGAUGAAAUUCAAAAAAGGGCUGCCAACGUCUCUUGCGAUGGGAAGUGAACAGCAAUGGGAUAAGGAGAACGCGUGGCCGCCAAUGAUUCACAUGGUUAUUGAGGGAUUCCGGACGACCGGCGAUCCGAAGCUCAUGCAGGUCGCUCAGCGGAUGGCGACCUCUUGGCUGACUGUCAAUUAUCAAUCGUUCAUUCGAACUCAUGCGAUGUUUGAGAAGUAUAAUGUGACACUUCAUACCGAUGAGCCGUCUGCAGGAGGUGGUGGAGAAUAUGAAGUUCAGACUGGCUUUGGGUGGACGAAUGGCGUUAUUCUUGAUCUUCUUGACAAGUACGGUGAUCAGUUUUCGAGUUCACCUGCCAGGGCCACAAAUAAAUAUACCUUCAUCGUCCUCUCUGCAAUAUUUUUCUAUUUUUGGUAA